UGUCAAACGAAACUGUCGAGUUACGACAGAAGCAGAUAGAAGCAAUAAAAAAAAGUCAACAAUAAUUUUAUAAACAGCAAAUUCUAUUGAAAAAUUUUGCUUUGAUUUUUAAUCUCAUGAGAUGCCUCUUAGAUGCUAAUCUCGAGAACUUUAGGUGUUAUUAAUGUUUUGUAAAAGUGAAUUUGCAUCAUUGAUUUUUUUAAAUUUCUUGCUAAAGUUAUUCUAUGAACACUGCAAAAAAUAAUAGAGGUCCAGGAGAAGCUUCGAGCGACUUAGUGGCCUCGACCAGUAACAACAACGAACAUAAGAUUGACAAUAUUGAAAACGAUAUGAAACGGGCAGCUGCUAGAAAACUGAUUGAAAGGUAUUUUUACCAGUUAACUGAAGGAUGCGGUAAUCCAACUUGCAGUAAUAAAAACUGUGCAUCAAGUGGAGAACUUAAACCUAUGACACCCAAUGAUGCUGCAGGCCAUGCAUUGCAAUUGUUUAAAGAGGACGCCCGUUUGUGUGAGAGGCAUCCCAGUAAAAUUGCAAGGACUCAAUCCAAUAAAUUGGAUAAUGAUUUAAUUAAGAAUACAAAUGGAACUAUUAACACUGUGCCUUUGAGUAAUUCUGUUUCAGAGGACAGUGAACAACUGAAUAAAAGUGUUAAGCCUAACCAUGCAUCUGUCCCAUCAUUUUUAACAGAACAAACACUAUAUGAAAUUAUUGAUGAGUGUGAAGCUAACGAUAGUUAUUCGCCACUUAUUAGGACUUUAGGCGAAAUUUUCAGCAGUAUUGAGAACUUAUCCAAAAGUUUUUUGGAAGAAUCAUCAACCGCCUCGAAUACUCCAAAUCUUGAAAGUACAGAGAGCUUUAAAGGAUUAAAAAAAGAGGAAGUAAGAUAUUUAGAAGGUGAAAAAGAUAAAGAUGAAGAUUCCUCCGCAGAUUCAAGUAAAAACAAACUACUUCCUGUAGAUUUAUCUUCCCUUCGUCGGGCUUAUGCAGCUCUUUUUAAAUUAAAAGCGACGAUUUUUGAAAAUGCAUUGGUUAACGCCCUCGUUACACUUGCUGGAAAUUUGCAGAUGGAAUUGCCCAUGAGAAGAGAAAAGGAUAGUUACGAUGAUAUAUUAAAUGUUUUGCUAAUUGUCUUUGAAAUACCAUCAUUGGGCUCAGGUGAUUUUCUUGAGACAGCCUUGCCGGCAAUAUGUCGCGCUUCCCAAUCUUUGCCCGUCGAAGUACAAGCAAGUUUAGCAACAGCAUGGUCUGGGAGAGGCAGAGGUGCCAUAAGAAACAUUUUAGAAAAUUUGCAACAAUUAAUUACAUUAAGAGUUAUAGUCACGCCUUUCCAUAGGGAUUUUUGUGUCCAAGAUGAGAAUGUGGUUACAUCAGCAACUAAGUUAAUGAAAAUUUUAUAUUAUGCGAAUAUGUUAGCUGGCGUACUCGAGUCUCCUACUUUAAGGAACAUUGAUGAUAUGAAUGACUCUAUAGAUGAGUCUUUUCUAAUGGUUAAACUGAAUAAAGCCAUUACACCUCAAGAUCCCCUGGCCACCCAUUUAGGGGUUCAUAUACUAGACUGCAGAAAACCAUUUUUGCCUUUUUCAGACUUUUAUAAUGAGUUACUUAGCGACACUGUGGAGAUGGAUAGGGAUUUUGCGAAUUUUAAAAGUGAAUUAGGUAUAUUUUCGGGUAAAUUUAGUUUCAUGAAUUACCCUUUUAUUUUAACACCCGCCACAAAAACUAUGGGCCUGUAUUUCGACAACAGAAUACGGAUGUAUUCAGAACGAAGGAUUAGUAUCCUGCAAGCAGUUACCGGUCAACCAUCCAACCCAUAUUUGCGAUUAAAAGUUCGCAGAGAUAAUAUCAUAGAUGAUGCACUGGUCGAGCUGGAAAUGAUAUCAAUGGAAAAUCCUAACGACCUAAAGAAACAGCUGGUAGUGGAAUUUGAAGGGGAACAAGGUAUCGACGAGGGUGGCGUGUCUAAAGAGUUUUUUCAGCUUGUAGUUGAAGAAAUUUUUAACCCCGACUAUGCAAUGUUUACCCUGCAAAGUGAGACUCAAACCGUUUGGUUUAACCCCACAAGUUUCGAAAGUACCGCCCAGUUUACCUUGAUUGGCAUAGUUUUAGGACUAGCAAUUUACAAUAACAUUAUACUGGCUGUUAAUUUUCCCAUGGUAUUGUACCGGAAAUUAAUGGGUAGAAGGGGAUCCUUUGAAGAUUUGCAGGACUGGAAUCCGGUACUUUAUAAUAGUUUAAAGCAAAUGUUAGAGUACAAUGACCCAGACAUAGAUGAUGUAUUUACGCAAACAUUUAGAAUAAGUUACCAAGAUGUGUUCGGUAGCGUAAUUCAUUACGAUCUCAAAGAAAGAGGUGAUAAAAUCAUCGUUACUCAAGAGAAUAAAUACGAAUUUGUGGAUUUGUACGCGGAUUUUCUGCUAAACAAAUCUGUUGAAAAGCAAUUUAAAGCUUUUUACAAAGGUUUUCAGAUGGUCGUGGACGAGUCGCCUCUAGAACAAUUAUUCCGUCCAGAAGAAAUAGAGCUACUGAUAUGCGGAAGCAAAAACUUUGAUUUCGACGAAUUAGAAAAUUCCACAGAGUAUGAUGGUGGUUAUACGAGCGAAAGUCAAAUAAUUAAAGACUUUUGGUCGGUUGUUCAUAGUUUUUCGAUGGAGGACAAGCAGAAAUUGCUCCAAUUUACGACAGGGUCAGAUAGGGUACCCAUCGGUGGAUUAAGUCGUCUAAAAUUGGUAAUAGCGAAAAACGGCCCAGAUUCUGACAGAUUACCCACAGCGCAUACAUGUUUUAAUGUUCUGCUGUUACCGGAAUAUUCGUCCAAAGAGAAACUAAAAGAUCGACUGAUUAAAGCCAUCAAUUACUCCAAGGGGUUUGGCAUGUUGUAAUAUAAACUGUGUUGCUUUGUGAUUUCCUUUAGUUUAGUAUUUAAACACAAAAGCUACUAACUGUAAUAUUGGUUGUUUAUUGAUUGAAUACAUUUUGUCAAAUAAAUGUAAUUUUUAUGUUUCUGGUUUUGAUUUUAUACUGCAAGAAAAUAGGCCUGAGCAAAACUUUAUUUUACAUAAAAAUUGACUACAUGCUAAGGUUGUACAUUUAGUUCAUUUGUGAGAAUAUUUGUCUAUAUUAGCUGUUGGAAAUAACAGAUUAUAUCUGAAAUUAUGGCAUCCCUUACCGAAUAAACUUAAUGUCUCUGACUGAGCCGUUUUAGCCUAACACAUAAACAUAAUCUUGUAUUAUUUGUACCUGGAAGAAGGAUAACAUGGAUUGUAAUCACGUUGAAAUAGAAAAUUGCUAGUUAGUGCUAAAGUAUAAAUUUAAAAAUCUUGCAGAAGUCCAACCCUCUCUUCCCACAAAAAAGAUGUAUUCUUUAUGAGUUCGACAGCCCCAAAACUAAACUAUGGCACAUAGAACUAACUUAUUUUUUUAAAACCAAAUUGCAGUUUAAUGUUCCUGAAUUGCACCAACCUAAACCAGUUAGAAGUUUUAUACAGAAUGCUCAAUAACAAUUUUAAUAAGCGAUUGCAAAAAUAAUGGUUACAGGCUUCCAAUUCAGUGUUAUUUAUAGUCAUCAAUCAUGGUAUUGGAAGCUUGUUUCUCCUUACAGUCAAUAUAAUAAAAUUAACGCAAUUCAUUUGAUGCAUUUAUUUUUAAUAAAUUAGUCUCUACAAAUCGAGCACCCUGUAUCAAUAUAAUUCCUGAGAUUUCCAACUUUAAUUUUGAAAAGACAAACCAAAUUAAACAAAUCAAAAUUUUGUAUAUGAAAAUAUUACUCUGGAAACCACCAGAUAUCGUUUAAAACAACAAAUCAUUAAUUUU